AUGGGCAAUCAACUCGCAGUGAGUGGCUCCGUUCAAGAGCUUCACUUGCAAGACUUGGCCGAAGGAUUGGUACAGGAUCACCCACUCGGAGGAGGUCGAUUACUCAAAAGUGUACAAUGUUGGACGGAGGAGGGUAUGCCAGUCGUUGUAAAGGUAUACCUGAAGAGAGAGGAUGAUCCUCCUCUCGCUCUCGCACCUCAUCAUGCCAAAUUGAAAAUAUUGAAUGAGAAAUUGAGUCUACGAAAUCAACCCAACGUGUUGAGUUAUAAUCGAAUGGUUGAGACCGACAAGGCUGGCUAUUUAGUUCGGCAAUAUUGUUACAGCAAUUUAGCAGAUAGAAUUAGUACUCGACCUUUUUUCAGUGCCAUCGGAAAACGUUGGAUUGCUUUUCAAAUAUUGCAGGGAUUGAGUCAGAUUCAUAAACUUGGUCUUUAUCAUGGCGAUUUGAAAGCAGAUAAUGUAAUUUUGACUGCUUGGGAUUGGGUCUUUCUGACCGAUUUGGCUCCUUUCAAACCAUCACGAAUUCCCGAUGAUGAUCCUUCAUUCUUUUCAUAUUAUUUUGAUACCUCUGGAAGAAGAAUUUGUUUAUUGGCUCCAGAACGCUUUUGCCCAACAUCGCAAGUUUCUGGUAUCGGAGCCAGCGCGUCAGCAACACCACUCGCAAGCACCAAGUCAUUAGCAAACGCAUUUGUCAUGAUUGAUAACAACGGUUUGGACCAAAGCAUGGUCAUUAACGAAGAUACAUUGUCUCCACCUUCGGGGAGCAAUCAAUCAUCAUCGGAAUCGAAUAGUAAUAACACCUCGUCUAACAACACAGAAGAAAUCACCGAAAAGAUGGACAUUUUUAGUGCUGGAUGUGUCAUUGCACAACUAUUUCUUGACGGUGAAGCACUCUUUGAUUAUUCUCAGUUACUUGCAUAUCGUAAAGGAGACACUGAACACUUCUCGAAAUUAAUGGAACGAGUCGAAGAUAAAGAUGUUAGAGAGAUGAUUACUCACAUGCUCGAUUUGGAUCCAAACAAGCGACUCUCAGCCGAAGAAUACAUAACCAAAUAUACACCUACCAUUUUCCCUAUUUAUUUUAAAUACAUCCAUGAGAAAGUUAUGAUUCAAAUGCUGGAUAAAAAUUGUGACAAGAGAAUUCAAACAAUUGCAGAAAUGUAUAACAGCAUUAUUGACGAAUUAUCAGAACAUUCAGAAAUUAGUAAGAGUCCUAGCAGUCAAAUCGUAUCAUCUACAAUGAUAAAAACAGGCCAAAAAAGCUCUGACACGCUAAACGCACAGAACGCAACAGAAUAUACUGGAUAUAUACAGAAAAACUCUCUACCUGAGCUCAUAUCAGAUACAAAGAAAUUUAAUCAUAAUUCAGACGAUGCAGAAAACAAAGAAAAAGCACCUUCCUCUAAUAACAAAAUUGAAAAACUCUCUGAAAGAAGAAAAUUUAAUAACGGGAAAAAGCUGGGAAAAUCACAAACCACCCAUGAAGGCAUUGAAAUUAUUGCUACUCUUCUUUGUUCGAGUGUUCGAAAUGCUCAGAGCGUGAGCGUUCGGGUACAAGGACUUGAUCUCAUGAAAAAGCUCGCAGAUUUUUCUUCCAAUUACACAAAAUUGGAGAGAUUAAUUCCAUACACUUGUGCUUUGUUGAACGAUCAAGCACCUCUUGUUAAAUCAAAAGCCAUAGACACACUUACGUAUAUUUUGACCAAGAUCACAGCGUUCCCUCCAAGCGAUUCUAACUUGUUCAACGACUACAUUCUUCCUGCUUUAAAAAUUAUUUGUACUGACAAGUCGGAUUUAGUGAGAGUGACUUUUGCCGAAAAUUUACCCUUGCUUGCCUAUCAAGCCAGAAGAUUUUUGGAAAUGAGUCAAAUCAUUAACCAAAAUAUUAAUAAUCAAGUCAUGAUCAAGGGAACAUACGAUAGUGAGCUGAACUCUUUGCAAGAUGAAAUUGGAUCACGAGUUUUAGAACUCUCUAUGGAUCAAUGUACAGUUGUGAAGCGAUCCCUUUUGAAGAAUAUUACACCAUUAUGUAUUUUUUACGGAAGACGAAAAACCAACGAUUUUGUGUUGCCAAUGGUUAUCACUUUUCUCAAUUCACGACAAUGGAGGCUCAGACAUGCAUUCUUUGAACAAAUUGUUGGCAUUUCGAUUUUUGUAGGCCCAACCUCGCUCAAGGAAUUCAUUUUACCCUGUAUCAUGCAAGCUCUUUACGACGUUCAGGAAUUUGUUAUAGAUCAAGCCUUGAAUGGACUUGUUGCACUGUGUGAAUUGGGCAUGUUCGAAAAAUCUACAAUUGUAGAUAUUGCUAAAAAGGUUUCAUAUCUGCUCUAUCAUCCCAACACAUGGAUUCGAUAUAAUGCAAUCGCCUUUUUCUCUGCAGCCAGCAAGCAACUGGGAAUGGCUGACACUAGUUGUUUCUUACUCGAUAUUUUGAAACCACAUUUGGCUCAAAGCAUUAUGAUCAUUACAGAAUAUUCACUUCUUGAAAGUUUGCCUCAGACAACAAAUGAAGAGGUUGACAAAUUAGAAGUCAUUUUACCAUACCUCUCCCAAGUGGCAACAGCUAUACUAUCAAAAUCAUGGGAAAACAACAAUGAUGGUGAAAAUCAAUCCAGUAAUGAUAGUGGUGGCGUUGUACAAUUGAAUCUCCCUCUCUUUACUCAUUUCACACCCAUCGAAAGUCCCUACAUUAGCCUACAAUCGAGUAUUGCACAAAACAACCAAGCUCCAUCAAAACCCUCGCAAUCCAAGCAGUACAACAAUGAAUGGAAUACAUUCUUCUCCAUGUCAGGAAAACCAAAAUCCAAAACCAAAGAUAAUGACGAAUUUCCAAAGAACAUUACAAAUCCACUCUUAAAAGCCUCCACUAUUGGAAAAUGGCGACCAAAUGGUAACUUGUUCGGUCAAUCCACAGAACACAAAGGAUCAAUCAAUGAAAUUUCCGUUCACGAUAGCUUGUAUUGGUUUGUGACAGGUGGCAACGAUGGAACUGUAAGGUUGUGGGAUCUCACCAACACGGAAAGAGAUUUUGCAAUGAAUUCUAAAAUGACAUACACCAUCAUUCAAGGCGGAGGACGAGUGAACUCGGUGGCAAUACUCAACGUAUCCUCUCCUCUCAUUGCUGCUUGUACAGAUAAGGGGUGGAUUCAUGUAUUUAGUGCGGAUUUAGGUACCACCAUGUAUACUAUCACCAUUUCGGAUAGUGGUGCAAUAUUUGUGCAAUCUUCUACUGGAUCAAAAACUCAAGAGGCCUCUAUUAAUGUAGUACGACCUCUCAACAUUGGAAAUCAACCUUUACUAGUUUGUGGAAAUCAAAACGGAAUGGUUGUAGGUAUUGAUCCAAGAGCUGCAAGAGAGGCCUUUUCAUGGAAAUCCAAAGAGGCUCUCGAGCAAGGACCCAUCUCUGAAAUUUGUUGUGGUGAUAACGAACCUUGGGUAAUUUCCUCGACGAAGCGUGGAUUUUUGACAUUGUGGGACUUGAGAUAUCAAAUUAGUGUUUCCAACACGCGAAUUAAUGAUAGUGCUAUUAACAGAAUAAGCAUUUGUAAGAAUAGCGUCUUGACAAGCUCGUUCUCGUCUCCUUCUGUAUAUAUUGCAUCUCAAAACAAUGAUAUUAAUUUAUGGAAUUUGGAAACACAACAAACCUUAUUCAGGUUCAGAUGUUCUGACACUAGAAAGAAGAGUCAAUCAACUCCAUACACCACUCCUAAUAUUGAGCAGCCAUAUGGUUCUUCAGAUAAAUUUGCCAUUGGAGAAAUUAAAAAGAUUAUGAAGGACAGAAAGCAAUUUUCAACAGAAGAGCCUACCUUUGAUAUUAAUGCCUUAUAUGUGAACGACUACGAUGGAUGUUUUUAUUCAGGCAGCAGUGACGGUAUUGUAAGGUUCUGGGACGUAAACAAAAUUGAUCAGAGUUAUGUUGUCAGUGGAGCGUCUCAACAAGCAUUUGUGUAUGGUGCAAAGAAAGAAGAUAAUUGUACGGUCUUUACUGAGGACGUCAUGUCACUCCAACGAACCGAUCAGUCUCUCACCUCAAGCACCACAAGUAACAGAGGAAAGGGUGGUACUUUCUCACAACCAAUUGCUACACAUCACUUGGACACUAUUACUGAUAUUGAAGUUGUGUCUGGAGUUUCGAAAGGUCAUUUCCAACCCCUGUUGUUGACUGCUUCUCGUGAUGGUAUGCUUAAAGUUUGGAAAUAG